AUGAGUUUUAUUUAUGGACAAGACGAACCAGAUAAACCCGUAUCCUUUAUUUCGAAUAUUGGCUAUUCUCAACCUCGACUAUCAACUGUUAACGGUGGACCACAUCAGAUUAAAAUAGAAAACUACAGUAACGUCUACCAGCAAAAUACUAAGCUUUCCUCCGAGGUUGCUUGUGCUCACUCUAACUUGCAGCCCCAAUAUUCUGACUUUUCGAAAGAUGCCGAUGGGCACCAGCCCAAGCAGGAGCCACCCCUGAAAUUUGCCUCUGAACUUCUGGCGCCAUCCAUUCCUGUCUCCACUCAACCAUCUCCCCUAAUGCAAGGCUACAUCCCAGAAAUAAAUUCCUGUAUGCCCAUGCUAAUUCCCCCCACUGCUGCCAACAACAAGUCAGAUUUCCUCAAAGCGGAUGGCGUUGCUCCGCAGAAGAACGAAUACUGCUUUGCGGAUGGUUCGGUCUCACCGGGUCUUCCCCCUUCUCAACCUGCGGAUCCACCUUUUCGCAAAUAUCAGUGUCUCGAUACUACGGUCAAUUUGGCCCAAUCGGGACAGCCCUCAACGGAUGCAAAUCUAGCACCGCCACCGCCUCCUCCUCCGCAACAACAACAGCAAACACCUCCAGCGCCUCCUUCACAACCUCGAAGCGCCUUCGUGAGCCCUCCACGAACAAGUACCGUGAGUGAGGCUCUUUUUGUCCAAAUCAUCGUCUCGAGGUGCAAACGAAUCGCUCCGCUCUGGUUCCGAGGUAUCUCUUCUAUGCGUGAGAGAAAUCGCGAAGAGAAUCGGCGAACCUCUACUAAUUCCGGACAGACGCAGAACGAUUGGAGCAUUAUUGGCGGGAAAAUUCGCGAGAUGAAUCAGAUCAUGGAGACGGACACGGUGGUGAAUCUGUUGAAGAAACUACACAAGGAGCUGCCCGCAGAUUCUGUGCUAAAGUUCAUCAAGUGCUGGCUGGGCGAUCCGGAGGCUCUCAACGAUCCUGACUGCUGCGUCCUCAGCCGGCCCGACGCCAAGGGACGCAUGCGUCGCAUUGACGGUGGGAAGGGCUCCGAUAAGGUGUGGAGGCUGGACACAAUAGUGGGGAUGCUGUACCACGGACUACCGAUGUCGAGCACUGACACGAAUAUCAUGGUGCACACUUGCAGCCAGGAGCUCUGUGUGCGGCCCCAGCACAUCCGAUUCCGUGCCAGCUCCGUCGCCCUCGUCAUUGUCCUUAAGGCCCUUGCGCAGGCCGGCUACAGUAUCAUUCCACCACCACCUCGUUCUCUUCGUUCCGGUUUGCCCUCUCAACUUCACACACAGCACACAAGCGCACACGCGGUGGUGACGGAUAAUCAAAUUACCAGCUUCAUGGAGAGAUUGGUUUCUUUCCGCCUCCACCGCCACCACUACCACUACUCUGUUGUGCUGCCUGUGUGCUGCGCACAAAUGCACGAUUGCGCGCGCGUGUGUUUCAUCAUCAUCAUCAUCACCACCACCAACACCAGCAACAACAUCAUCUCUACCAGCACCACAACCAACAGUACUAUCAACAGCAGUAGUCGUGCUUGUUUACCCGACAGUAAACCCCCCUUCGUUGCCGCCUAUGCAACUUUCUAUGGCGUGGAAGCGGUGAAAAUGUGCCAGUCGGGUACUUUCCAUGAGGCUGUGAUGGCUUUUUCCAUUCCUCUGCAUCCCCACCAGACUGUACCCAGUGAAUGUCUCCCGCAGCCUUCCUCUGACGAGUCAGUGGACGUCUUUGGCCCCUUCACCAUUGAAGAGCUUCAGCAAUAUCGCAGCGAGAACCUGACGCCAGCGGGCGAGUCCGUCAGUCGAGUGCCGCUAAAUGCCUCGGACAGGGAUCUGGCCGACAGUCUGCCUCUGAUCAGGGACAUCCUCAACCGCAAUGAACUCCCCAAAACCUCCUCUACUGGUGUUCCACCAUCACAUUCGGCGCCUCCCUCCACUCCUGCCCAACCCGCCUCGGAAGGCGGCUCGCAACCGGCCCGCUUAUUGAACGGUAGUGGAGUUGUUGGAAUGGACCUUUCGGAUAGUGGUGCCAUUGACAUCAAGCCGCCCUUUUCGGCGAACCCUGGCACAAGUCUCCCAAAAUUGACGCCCUCAGCGUCGUCGCGGUUCCAGCUAACUAGCUCUUCCGCUGCCGCUGCCUCUUCGACGGGCGUGACCACGACGCCCACAGCAACAAAGCGUCGAUCGUUGAAGCGGCCCGCGCAGUCCACUUCCUCCGCCUCCUCCUCCUCCAACAGCAAUAACAAUUGCGCACCUCCCAAGAGCCUUCAGGAGCCUGUCACGGUAACUACAACCUCUGGGCAAACCGUUCCUCCUGUUCCGCCUCAGCCCUCCACACCCUCCUCCACACUUCCCGAUGCAAAUGUCUUCCUCUCUAUCAACACCGUGAAGCAACUUGGUGACCCUCAGCAGUUGCCAACACACUUCACUGCCCAACCGGCGGCAGCGCUGUUGGGAUGCAACCACCAUGCUGGCAUGCAACCACUGUACGCACCCCAGCCUAUUGGACCGCCCUCCGUGCCUCCUCCGCCACCACCCGCACCUCUUUCGGGGAAGUCGACGCCCCGACAACCUGCUAAAAAGCGACUAGAGGCACGAACUCCCACCAUUGAGGAGUUGGGUGUACCCUCCGCUUUCAAGGCCCUUCACGACACGCCAUUCACACCGGUUCUUGGUCGAAGUGGUGGUAGCAGCACCAAUUCAAGAGAUACUUCAGCUCCACCUUCAGCAGCAGUGUCGAGUACCUCGACAGGAGGACAGGGAGGAAUGGAGACGUCAGCGGCGAAGCCAGAUGACGAUGAGGACGAAGAGAUGAAGACUAUUUUUGCUGGUCCUGUUGCAGCUCGUCGUCACCAUUCAACUGUCAAUCAACCGCCCGUUAGUGGGCUCACCUACGCUGACUAUAAAAGUCUUCAUGAACGAUUGCAACAACAUGCGGUCAACGGUGUUAGUUUGGCUGGCACGGAGUCCCCUAAUUCCCUCCCCUUCAGUUUGAGUCCGAGCGGUGUGAGUGGAUUUGGAAACGAUGCUACUGAUGAUUUGCGUCAGAUGCCCUCUCUUCUCCCGGCGCCUGGUAUCUCCCCACCCCCAGCGCCCUCCCUCGCCACCCACCGCCUCACUCCAGGUGGUGGUCGACAGUCGAGACCGCUGGGCACCGCUGCAACGCCCGGCCCCGGUCUUUUCGAUCGUGAUACCCCCGGCAGUUUGCGCAACCUCGCCUCCCGGUUUCGUGACUCGCCCAUCUUCCCGACGAAUUCCGAAAUUCUCGAGGUUCUAGUGAGCCUGGCGCAGGAGUACGGCGUCCAGUCGAAUCGCGCGGGCAGCAGUUGCAGUCGUCCGCAGAGCCAGCACUAUCUUCGAAGGAGUCUCUUCCUUGGUAACGAUUCCCCCAGUCCCGCGGGUCUUCCUCUCAACAUGCUGAACACCACCACCCCCAUUACCAACUCAGCCUCUGACCUCAUGGAACAGCAGCAGCCACAGAAUCAGCACUCCCCUCCUCUCACUUUCGCUCCCUCCUCCGCCGCUGCUACAGCAGCCUUCGAUGCGCAAUCACUAUCACCGCUACCACCGCCCGACUUCAACCAAGUUGCUGCUGUUGCAACUUCGUCCGGCGGGGUGGCCUCCAGGCCGUCAGCAGCCCCGAGCCAUGCUUUGCGUCGUGCGUUCCACUCAGAGUGGGUGGGGGGCUCUGGUGAUUUAUGUCCUAAAAGUAUAGUUUAG